AUGGCCCGCCAUGGACGACGUCCCAUUGUGCAACGAUUUGACGAGUACUAUCGAUGCUAUCCUCUAGUCAUGGCCCCCGGAGCUGAACGACCAGAACUCAACUACGGUUCCAAGAUAAUUCUGCCGCCGUCCGCUCUUGACAAGGUGUCGAAGCUUCAUGUGCAGUGGCCUUUGCUCAUGGAGUUGAUCAACGGAGAGAAAGGCAAACAUUCACAUGCGGGUGUGCUAGAGUUCAUUGCGGAGGAAGGCCGAGCAUACAUUCCUCAAUGGAUGAUGGAAACUCUUGGCAUGGACGUUGGCGACAUGAUCCAGGUCCGCACCACAUCAUUGGAGCUGGCCAAGAUGGUCAAGCUACAGCCUCAAUCCGUCAACUUCCUUGAGAUUAGUGAUCCCAAGGCAGUGCUGGAGAAGGCUUUCCGCAAUUUUGCCACCCUUACCAAGGGUGAUGUCUUCAACUUCGCCUACAACGAUGAAGUGUAUGAUGUGGCCGUUCUCGACGUCAAGCCCGAGACGGACAAGAUGGGAGUCAGUAUGAUCGAGACCGACGUGUCAGUAGAGUUCGCGCCCCCAGUCGGCUACGUCGAACCUGAGCGCCAGAGCGGAACCAGCACCCCAAGAAGCACACGAGGUGGUGUCCCUGCUGGAGGUCUGCUACACAAUCAAGGAACCAUGGCGCAAGCCAUCAACUACAGCGCCAUUGCUCCAUCAGUGACAAGCAAUGUGACUAAUUUCCUCGGAGAGGGUCAAAAGCUUGCCAAGAAGGGCAGCAAGGCUCCAACACCCAAGCCAGCUACUCCGGUUCCUGCGGUGGAGAUUCCAGGAAUGCCUAGGAGGCGUGAUGGUGCUCCGGCAGCUCUCCGUCUGCCGCCUAACAAGCUUUUCUUCGGAUACGAGAUCAAGCCAGUCAAGACGGACGCCGAUAAGGAAGAGGAGAAGGAGAACGCCAACAGGCCUCACUUUGCUGGCCAAGGCCAGACACUUCGAGGUGCCGUCAAGAGAAAGGGAGAAGGAGACGACAAGACCAAGGCCCCCGAGAAGAAGGGUACCAGCGAAGGUAACAGACUUGACGGCCGACGGCCACGAUGA